GUCAAUCAUCAUUUACUGCGUUUCAACCCAGGAAGAGAAGUGAUGAGCAUUACAUGCGAAAGUUGAGGCAUGCAACAUCAUUAUUGCUCGAUUCAUAGCGUUUCUGUAAUUCAUACCUAAAAUGGAGAAACAGGGAAACGCGUGUGUGUUGCAGUGUGUGUCUCUGGAGUCGCCGGUGGGAAAGCUUCUCCUGAGCGGCUGUGAGAAAGGAAUACACACCAUCACUAUUACUAUGGAAACAGAACAGCGGUCUGGCCUCAUUUCAGACCAGACAAAAGUGAACUCUGAGCUCCAGCAGUGUGUUGUAUGGCUCCAGAAUUACUUUCGUUCUGCAGAGUCAGUGAGCUCUCUUCCUUUUCCUGCCUUACAUCACCCAAUGUUGGAGGGAGACUCCUUCACUGCAAAUGUGCUGAGGAUAUUGCAGUCAAGAGUACAAGUGGGACAAACUGUCUCCUACAAAGAGCUCAGUGAGAUGGCCGGAAACCCGAAGGCUGUUCGAGCAGUGGGCAGCGUUAUGAGAAGAAAUCCGGUUCCUCUGAUUGUGCCCUGUCAUCGUGUGCUGUGUAGCUCGGGUCAGAGUGGCAGAUAUAUGGGAGGCAAAGGAGAUAAUAUUAAGCUGUGGCUGCUCUCUCAUGAAAGGAAGAAGGGUUAGACCUAGCUGCUCAAUUAUUCACUGUUCUCACUGUUUAACAGUGUUUUGUGUAUGUUCUGCUUCAGCAAUCAAAUCUAAAGCAAAUGUUUAUUCACCUUAUCAGUGCAUGCUUGUGUGUUAUAGUUAGAGUUGACGUUACAGUUACUGCACACGGUUGCAUUGGUUUAUUGACCAAACAGAUGGUAGUAAUAUCCUAUCCCUUCAUCUGGCAGGUCUCUGAGUCACAGACAUUAGAGAAAAAGGGUUAGAAAGAUCUGAGGCAACACAUGCUCGAUUCUUAACACUGUGUUGUUACCUGUAUGAUCAACAGUAAGAGCUUUUCUGUUUUGUAAUCGUUGUUCAUGAGUCCUUUGUUUGUCCUGAUCAGUUAAACUGGCCAUCGUUCUUCAGAAAAAUCCUCCUGCUCCUGCACAUUUUUUGUUAUUCCAGCAUAUUUGACCCCUUUCACUACAGCAGCUAUAAGAUGAUAAGAUUCAUCUUUGCUGAGAUCCAUUUUUACAUUCUUCAGUUUCUGCAAAGCUGUAUGUAAACUUAUAACAGCUACUGUAUAUUACUAAUCUGUAAAUAAUUGCUUAGUUGAUAACUACUUUUUUCAACUGUUUGCUACCCAAAGACCCACUGAAAUUAUUCACAAAUAAAGGAACAUUAUUUGCAGUUCAA